GUUUGAUGUUUGAUUUAGGAAGAAAAUACGCCAUAUGCUGUAAAAAGUAUUGGGCAAGUUCAUAUACUCCAUGGAUCUCCUUCUCCGUUUUUUGGUUCGACUUCUCAUCUCCUGGUAAAGACCAUGGCUAAUGAAACGAAGAAGAUAUGGAUUUCUUUGUUUCUUUGACUUUGAUGGCAUUUCUUUCAUACCAUAAACUCAGUUAGGUGUCUUUUUGAAAAUAUUGUGAGUAUUUGGCCAAAUUAGUCUUUACAUGUUAUACAUCUUCUGCACUUCUGACUUCUCUCGAUUUAAGGUACUAAACGAUAAAGGGAAUUACAAGGUUUACACAUCUCGAAUCCACACUCAAAAUUCUCUAUAUCUCGAUUUGAAGCCAAUCGACAACAUGAGUCUGGACUUGCUGUUAAGGUUGUACAAUCUCAAAUUAAUUCCUCUAAACAGUUUCCAUCUAAAGGUGGUGCUUCAGAAACUUGAAACAAGCUUUGCAGCAACCCUUCGUUCACCUCCCGUCGUCGGUAGCAAAGGAGACCAAGACCAAAGGAGGAGGUGUUUUGUUUUGCUAGGAGAUUGCGAUCGGAAAGAAGCCAGAAGCGAGGGUUUGGUUUUGCUAGGAGAUUGGGUCGGAUGUCCGUUGCCUCUCAUUUGCUUCCUGACGGCGAUAAAUGAAGAGAGAGGGAGGCGAGGGAAGAUGGCAUCGGUGUUAGUGGGUCAACGAGCCAAGGCAUAA